AAAAAAUUAGGCCAAGAGGAAGCCAAUUAUCAAUUGGAAUAUAAAAAAAUUACAAUUCCAAGAAAAAGAAAAAGUUUUCACUUUCACACGAUUUUUAUUCUUAUCUUUUAGUAAAUAUUAUCAUUCAAUCAUCAUCAUCAUCAUCAUCAAAAUAUUAACCAUAAUCAUGAUUAUUAUUAUAAUAAUUAUCGAUUCUAAUAUUUCUCAGAAGAAGAACAAUUAGAAGAAAAAAGAAAAAACUGAGAAUAACUUUUUCCACAAUCAAAUAUAUUGACCUGUGUCCAUUCAGUUCUAAUCUCCUCUCAAUGGGCCUCGUUGUGAACGACGAAUCAUUCCCAUUCUUACAGACGCAGUUGUUUUCAACGAUCGUUUUCAUUUAAGGUCAAUUCAAGUAAAACUGGUUCCAUUUCAGCGUCAGCUGCCUCUUUCUAUUUAGUCUUUCGAAUAUAUUUUCCAUCAUCUUCUCUCUCACCUUCUCUCUCAGUCUCCCUCAUCUUUACAUUGACUCAGUUGAAAUCAAUGAAUUGGAUUCUCAGGAAAAACUAAGAAAAACAAAAAAUUAUUCCGUUUCAAUUGUGAUUAAUUGUGAUUAUUUGAUGCUCAUUGUAAAUCGAUAUCAUCAAAAAUCAAUUGAAUUUGGUUGAUUAACCAUAAUGAUAACUAACAAUUUAGUAUCUUGUGUUCAUUCAAAUAAUCAAUUGAUUAGUUUACAUUGAGAAUGUUAUCAACAUCAGUUUUAUCGUUUUCAAAUAAACUUCCUUUAUCAUCAUCAUCAUUGAUCAACGAUGAUGAUGAUGAUGAUAAUAAAAAUUUUCCACUGCGAUAUCGUUCAUCACCCGGAAGUGUCCAUCAAAGUCGCGUUUCUCAUCCCGUCGCCAAAUCUCAACGUGCAAAUGGCCGUAAACGUUUCCAAAGUCAAAAUGGUAACCAUGUAAGUGAAAAUUCAUCAACUACAAGUGACUCGUUAGGAUCAAUCAUUUCGAGUGUCAAAGUUAAAUAUCUUGGAGUGAUUAGCGCCUCAGGCAGGUCAUCAGCUAUUCUCAAUAAAGGUCUAACAGCAAUUCAAUCAGAAUUAGUUGAUUUAUACACAAUCGCCCAAAGAAAAUAUGUCACCAGUAUUACCAAUGGUGUCCAUUCAUCAAGCUAUCAAAUGAUUGAAGUUUGUAACUAUGGUGUUGUCAUCGCUGAACCUGAUCCAUCAUCUCGGACAACAUUAUCGGUCGCUGGUCAAUCAAAUUUAACUGACCCUAACAGGAUUGUUGUAACCAAAGUAAUAACACCAUUGUCCAAUAUUGUCCUUUGGGCGGGCAUCAGGUUCAAUUGUCGACCAUUGAAAAUAAAUGGUCGCCAUCGGUCAGGAGCCGCUUUUAUCCCGUUAUCAUGUUCAUCGGCGAUCAUGAAACAAUCAGCUUACACUCCAUUAACUAAUCAACGGUCAAGAUUUCUUUCAUCGCUCAAACAUCCGCCAUUAUUUCUGUGUGUCCUUCGCAAAGUAUCAGCACCUAAAAUCUUUGAAUGUCACUUGUUUGCAUGUUGUAGUGUCGAGGAUGCGAUCAACUUAUCGUCAAAUUUAUCGGACGUUCAAAAUGGUAUCUUGAAGGUCGGUAGCCCAUCGAUCCCAAUAUCUAGUGAUUUACCUUCGUAUUCAUUUACAUCGUUUGAUGAAAUUGCUUCUCGAACAUCAUCAAGACAAUUGUCAUCUUCGGCCACUUCAGGUGAUCAUCAUCAUAUCGCUUUGAACAAUCAUCGAACAAGAAAUCAAUGUCCAUCAGUAUUAACUGAUAGAACUUCUCGUUUAACCGUUAGUACAGAUGAACGACCUGCUACUCGAUAUUCUCGAGGGUCAAAUUCAUCGAACAUCAACAACAAUAAUAAUAAUAAUCGACAUGAAGUGUUCAAUUAUCGCCGUGAAUUAGGAAUGAGACCUUGGCCUUCAUCGGUUGCACCAAAAUUGAGUGAAUCGACCGUUAAUCAACUAAGAUUUAAUGGUAAACGAAAUGUUCAACCAACUAAAUCAACUGAUCAACUGUCUCAUAAUUCAUCAUCAUCGUUUUAUUCAUUGUGCCAAGCGUGUUCAAUUAAUGGACAAUCAGUAAAAACUGAACAAUUAAAAUGUGAUAGUAGGAAAAAUUUAAACCAUAAAAAUGAUAUUAAUCCAAUUGAGACAAACAAUUACAAUGGAUAUUUAGUUCAUCUUAAUUAUAAUGAUAAAUCAAAUGGUAUAAAUCAUAAUUAUACCAAGAAAACCCACCAGAUUGUACAUAACAAUUUACCAAAUCAUAAACAAUUAAUGAAUGGACAUCAAAUUAGUCCCAAAGUGCCAACAUUUAGUGAAGACGAAAGUUCCAGUAUUUUGAGUAAAUUUGGUCGCAGAGGUGAACGAUUAGUUAAUUGUCCUGGUGUUAAAUUGAAAACUUCACCAACUUUUAGACAAUUUCUUCCUAAUUCUAAUCUCAAUGGAUUAUCAGAUGGAUUAGAUGAUGACGAUGACGAUUUAACUUGCAGUUUUCCAUCGAGCGAAUUAAAUGAGGGAGAUGGACUGUUAACUUUCGUUGAAGAGGAUUUACUCUCGAAUCCAAUUAAUCCACCAAUGGUUCAAAUCGACAAACACCAAUUACCUCGCUGGUCGACUAUUGAUCAACCGUUAUCCGUUUAUCCUCUUAACUUUCAUCAUCGAACUGAUUUUAAAUCUCGAAUAGCAUCAUCUUCAUCUUCGAACAGUUUAUUUAGACGAUUAGGACGAUGGAAAUUACGAUCAUGGGUUCGAAAAAGUUUCAAUCUUAAGUUUAGAAGGAAAAAGAAACGAAAUCGAAUGGACCUUUUCGUUGAUCGUGAUCUUCGAUAUUUAUCUUUAGCCGAACCAUUGGAUUAUGUUGGUGGAAAUAAAUUAGCUCUCGACGGGAAUAAACGAUUACAAUUAAACGAGAAUGAUGAUCAAGGUAAAGGUCAUUUCCUCGGAAUGGAGACAAUUAAUAAUAAUAACGUUAAUUACAAUUCGAGGGUCACUUUACCAGAGACAAUCGGGAUAAUUGGAACUCAAGAACUUCCCGAGGAGCGAAAUGGUUUAGAAACGUUGAAACAGUUAAUCGAUAGAAGAAAAAAUCAAUCCAAUUAUCAAAUUGAUUCUCUACUUAACACAAAUAUUAAACGAAUUAAUAAUAAUAAAACUAAUGGUAAAAUUAAAUCCGAUGGAAGAAAAUUAAAGUCCCAAUCAAAUGGAGAUCAAAGUUUAUCACAAAUCGAUCUAAUUAAUGAGCUUGGUUAUCUUCCUUAAUUGUAAAUUCGCAAACUGUUUAAUCAUCAUAAAGAAUAAUCUAAAUAAAUCAUAUUGAUAAAUUACCUAAGAGAA